AUGGUCACCUCUGGCCACAUCCAGGGAACUUUCAGCACAACAGGUCAAAGUGUCAGAUUCAGCACCUGGGACAGCACCAAGCACGUGCUGAGGCUGGGGGCAGGGUGGGGGGUGGGCAGCCUGGCUCCCCAAUGGACUGGUGGUCAGGAGGAUGUCCUCAGCUGGAAACUCUUUACCCUUCUCCUCAGCUGUGGAGCUCCCAGAGAAAUAUUCUUUAAAGCCAUCUUCAAACAUCAGCCUUCUUACCAUGACCCUAUUCCAUCAUGGGACCUGCCUCUUGUUCUGAAACAUCUUUGUGAGCAGCCUUUUGAACCCCUGGAUAAGACUUCCCUAAAACAUGCUUCUGUCAUGACUAUCUUCUUGAUUGCCAUCACCUCGGCCAGAAGGGUCAGCGAGUUACAAGCAUUAUCUAGCAAGGAACCAUACCUAAGGCUUCUCGCUGACGUUGUAGUUCUCGGCACUAUGCCAGGGUUCCUGCCUAAGGUAUCAUCAGAAGCAAAAUUAAAUCAAGAUAGUUCUUCCAGUUUGCACCUCUCAAGAAGGGACAUGCCCUUAUUAGAUGUGAAGAGGGCGAUAAUGAUCUAUCUGGAAAAGACAGCAUCUUUCAGGUUAUCGGAAGGACUGUUCCUCCAAUUUUAUGGCCCGAAUAAGGGUAAGAAGGCAAGUAAAUCCACAUUGGCUAAGUGGCUUAGAGAUGUCAUCACAUUGUGGUACUCUAUGGAAGGGAUUCAGUCACCACUCAAACAUAGAGCUCAUUCUGCAAGAUCAACAACAGCUUCUUGAGCAGAAAGGCACCAUAUCCCUAUGGACCAGAUAUGCAGAGCAGCCACAUGGGCAUCAUCUACGACCUUCACCAAGCACUACAGAUUGCAUGUCGCAGCCUCUCAGGGACCAGCCUUCGGCUUGAGUGUUAUCCAAGGAGCUGGUUGCCGAUGAAGAGUAUCCCCCCCCCCCUUUUUUCGGUUUCUUAUUACUGCUGGGACUGUCCCAUUGUGUGCUGCCACGGAUGAACAGGAAGUGGAAAAUUUACCUUUUCUGAAAUUUUCAUUUCCUGGAAUCUGUGGCAGCACAAGUAUACCCACCAAAUAAAUGUAUUCACUGCAGCAAAAAAUAUGCCUGUUUCUUGUGUUUAAGGGUCUUUCUAGGAGGCUGGACCUUGUUAAGCUAAUUACUUGUCUCUAUUGCUUGUGCUAACUUCUAAGUCAAUGAAGAAGCAUUAACCCAUUGCA